GUCGUCGUCGAGAAUAGUUGGUGUGUUAAUGUUGUUAGAUUCCGUGUUUCGAAGUCUCUAUUUUAUGAUUUAAAUUUAUUGUUAAAUAUCAAAAGCACAAUCAUGGGUCGAAGAUCCAUUAAUACCACUAAAAGUGGUAAAUAUAUGAAUCCAACCGAUCAAGCAAGAAAAGAAGCCAGAAAAAGAGAAUUAAAAAAGAAUAAAAAACAAAGGCAAAUGGUUAGAGCUGCUGUCUUGAAAGGAAAAGAUCCCCAUCAGUUAAUUGCAGAUAUGGAAAAAAUUGAUCAAAUGGAAUAUAGUGUUACUGCACCACCACCUCUUAAUGAAAAAGUUUUACGUGAUAAAAGAAAAAAGUUGAAAGAGACAUGGGAAAGAGUUUUAAGAUUAUAUUAUAAAGAAGAUCCUGAAAGGUGGGCUGAGCUGAAGAAACUUGAAAUUGAAUAUGAAAAACGUAAAAAUUUUCUUAUAAAAUAUUAUGAACAAGAACAAGAAGUUGAAAUGGGUGAUGAUGAUAAACCAAAGCAACGAAAGAUUAGAUUUGCCGAUGAAGAUGAAGAGGAGGAUUCAUCUUCAAAGCUUCACUCGUCCCAUCAAUCAAAAACAGCAAUGGCUGGACAAGAUAUUUCAGAUUUUUUGAAAGAAAUGGAAGCUGCUCAUAAAGAAAAGGGUUCUGGUGAAGAAGGGGAAGAACAGGAAGUUGAAAAAGAAGAACAAACAGAAAAAACUACAGAAGAAUCACAACAAUCUCAACAACAAUCACAAGAGAAGUCUGAUGUUGUAGUUUCAAAUAUUGAAGUACAAGCUCAACUACCUCCUCCAGUUACUGUAUCCAAUCCUCCUCCUGGUCCACCACCUGGCUUACCACCAGGUCCUCCUCCGCUUAUGUUUCGUCCACCUCCGCUUAGACCGGGGCUUCCUCCUCCGAGAUUGGUUCCACCCGGCGUGCCACCUCCGCCUCGUCCUGGUCUUCCUCCAGGACCUCCCCCCGGACUGCCCCCUCGAGUAGGUGCACCACCAAUGAGAUUACCUCCCGGUCCACCUCCAGGUAUGCCUCCUCCACGUCUUUUAAGACCUCCCGGAGUUCCUCCUCCGGGUCUUCCACCGCCGCCCGGUAUGCCACAUCCGGCAAACAUGCCAGGUCAGGCUCUUCAAAGACCCUCCGUACCUAUGCUUAAUCCUAACGUGUUGAGUGCACCGCCUAGUUUAAUUCAAAGACCGAAAAUGUCGCAUCUGACGGACGAAGAAAAGAAACGGUCGGCGACAAUCGAGGCAAAACCACAGAUAAGAUCUCUCAAUAUCGAUAUAACAAGAUUCAUGCCUACAACAUUAAGAGUUAAGCGUGAAGACAAAGGAAAGAGAAAUCCUACUAAAUAUGAUACAAGCAAAGAACACAUGGUAACCACUACCAAAGCGACGGUGCCCAUGUCAGUUCCCACAAAAGACGACGCGUACGAACAGUUUCUGAAAGAAAUGGAAGGAUUACUAUAAUAGAGUCGUCUCCUCAUCGCUCAUUAUAGUACAGUAGAUUUCUUUUCUUGUUCAUUUAGCAAUCAUCGAGCCAUCUUCAUACAAAUCAUACCGACGCAAAUAAUUACAGACCAAUACUGUAUACCUCUAAGAAAUAAAUGUAUAUUGUAUAGUAUAAAUUUUGCUUCACUUAAAAAUUAAUAAA